UGAGAGGGAAGUUCAGAAAAAGAUUUGUACAGUUUCUUAUGCCGCGAAAAUCUGACAUUGGAUUGAAUGCUAUUCUGUACCGUUAUCUUAGAUUAUUAGGAAAGUAUGACAAUACAUGUAUGUCAAUAGUGAGCCUGAGCAAAACAGGGACGUCGUGAGAGUCAUCUGCUGUCAAACUGAACCGCAGAAGUCUUCGCAGACCGUCCUCACCUCAUUGGGUCGACACGCUGCAGCCUGCGGAUUUUAGAGACUUGAGAAAAUGGAGGCUGUUUCUGACACAGAUGUGCAGUUCUGGAUGGCCAAAGCCGUGAACUGGGGGGAGGAUACGUCAUGUUCUGCUCUUCUGGACACAAGCAGACACCUUGGCUCUCUGAGGAGCUUUCUCCAGCAAGUUCUGCAGGGGUUGCAGCAAAUGAGGUCCACUAGUGAGGCCAUGAAGACGUUUCCUUUUGUGGGCCAGUUCCUGGGAAGACUUUGUUGGAACCCAUGUGUUAUUGUGGAUGAGAGGAGCCAGAGACUCCUGCUGCGGUGUUUGAGCUGUCUGUACAGUGCUGAGCCACUGAAUGCUGUCGAACGAAAAGCCAACAUGUGGAUCAAGAAUCUGUUGUGUCAUCUGAUCUCGGAGGAGGAGGGAAGUGUAGCUCAUGCUACAGUAAAAAAUGCUGGAUUAACCCCGAAGCGUUACCACUUGGAGGCUCUUCAGAAGGUGGUGUCAUUGAUGACAGAGGAGGUCAUUAAAAGCUGUGAUGGCUCGUCAAACACAGCCAGGUGUUUAAAUGGGAAUAUACAUACUAUGGCAACGGCAUGUGUUGCCUUGGUCACAUGUCCUCAGAUGUCUCCUCUCAUUGGAGCUCUGUUGAAGCAUUCCAUGUUGUGUGGCUCUUCCUGUCUGAAUCAAGAGUUCAUUAAGGAAAUCAAUGAGGCCUUGAUCAGUAAGAGGCUUGUGUUGGAGGAUGAGGCCAUAGUGAACCUGUGGUGUUAUAGUCCCACCUGUCUGGAGGGGGCAGCAGUGAGCUUGCUGGAAUCUGUGCUCUCUGACCAUGAAACAAUGACACAGAGUCUGAACAAACAUGUUAAUGACUCAUUACUGCAUAUUCGUUUCAGAAACAAUGUGAGAUUAUAUGUGUGUGUGUGUGUGUGUGUGUGUGUGUGUGUGUGUAGGAAUGUGCUGACAGAGAUUGAUGAGAACCUGGCCGUGAGAGCCCUCAUACAGGUUUUCACUGCCUGCUUCCUCCAGAGACUGACUGGACAGAAACCCCAGGAUCGUCUACAACUCAGAGCCUUCUUCCCAAACGUGACGCCCUGUUUACUUGCUCCUUUACUGACAGCACCAUCAGAGGUUCCCAGGGAAGCCUGGCUGGAUCAUCUGAGCUGGAUCAGAAGUUUACUUCAGAGCGUGAUGGAGAAUGAGGAGGCGGGGGGAGAUGUCAGGGCGUAUCAGGCUGUCUUUGAGGCUUGGUUCCUGCUGGUGCAGUGUGGGUUUUGGGUGGACACAGCUGCUGAGCUGCUUGUUCUGGCAGCGCCUGAGAACGCCGAUUCGCUGCUGUGGCUUCUGACGUUCUUCCACCACCCCACCAACAGAGGGCACCAGAGGUCCCAACAAACCGCAGUGGCCAGAGAAGCCUGGACUCAUCUAAGGAUGCUGUUUCUCACUCGUCCUCCCCCUCCCAGACACCUCAGUGCUGUGAAAGAGCUCCUGUCCUCCUCCCUUUCAGCAAACCUCGUUUUGCAUUUGUUUUUAAACUUCACCGUCUUUUCCCACGGACCUGUUAGCAUUAUCAUUGAAAUAACUGACAAGGUGCUGACUGAGGCCGCUGUGAAGCGCAAGGCACUGUGGAUCCUUGCCUCAAUACGCUGCAGACUAAACAGUGCUGCUACGCGGGAUGACAGGGUUCAUUCCAGGCUGAGGACUCUUCAGGACACCCUCCUCUAAACCUGAGAGCCUCACAUAAAAAACCCUAGCUUCGAGCGUUCGAAACUAUUUAUUAGGACAAGGAAUCCUGGCGUGGCUCAACUGGGUGGGACGAUAUGGUAUUUAUAGAGGAGAAGCCCAGCUGCCGUUUUAAACUUUAAAAGCAGUGGGUGUUCUCCCCCUAAACCCAAGAGGGGCCUCCGCACUUGAUGUAUUGAGCCAAAUAAAAUAACACAUGUAUUUCUAUCUGUGUGUUUGGAUGACAUCAAACAUGAAUCGGAGAAAGUAAAUUACCAGGGAUGUGACUGCUGUCAGAUCUGCGGUUGUAUUUCCUGAGUGUUUGGACUUGGAGUCUUUGUUGUUUGACUGCGGAGCUCCAUCUAGCUAACACGCCGUUUGUCUUUGCUUACUGUCCUCCCACACACUCUUUUGACAGGAGAGCAUGUCGGAGUCCUUCUCACUACAUGAACACUCACAUCUGUGUGUGUGUGUGAACUCCCAGCACAGGGCCUCUUGAAUAGUUUAGUCUCUGUGCACUGUACUUUCUAGACUCUAUCAUCACUAGUGCUUCUCCGUGGGUCUCUGUCUCCCAGUAGGGCCAUUUCCUUGGAGCAUUUUCCCUAUUCGGACCACUCAAGCAUGUUUAUCACUCAAAAUUGGGUCAUACUGCAUUUAUGGCCUUUCUAAAUUAUAAGAAUAUCACUAUUCUCUUUUGAAGUGCAGUUAAAUUAGAUUUAAAGGAAUAGUUUACCCAAAAUGAAAAUGUUGAGAAUUUACUCAUCAGGCUUUCCAAAAUGUUGUUUCAUUGGAACUGAUUUGAAGAAAUUUAGCAUUACAUCAUUUCUCACCAAUGGAUUCACAGGGUGAGAGACCAAACAGCUGAUAGAAGCAUCACAAUUAUCCUCAAGUAAUUCACAUAAAUCACAACUCCAUCAAUUAUGUCUUGUGAAAAGCAGCAUGUUUGUAAGAACCAAAUCCAUCAUUAAGGCAUUUUAACUUUAAAUGGUCAUUUCUGGCCAAACUAUAAGGCCAUAAUUUAUAACACUUCUUUCAAUGAAAAAGUCCA